AUGCUGAGUGGUCAAGUCCCAUACAUGCCCGCUCUACCUUUACCACUCUGUCGCAGGAUCCCCGUUUUGUCAUGGUCCCCCGGCAGAUGCGCUGACUUGCUUGGAGAGCACAUUAGUCCUGGCAAGACUGAAAACCCUCAAAAAGAUGACAACGAGGAAGUCGAGCUGGAAAAGCCGGCCGCCUCCGUUUCGCAACGAUGGCGCGGCGCUGACCCGCACGCCUCUCUCACCGCCUGCACUCUCUCGCUCACAGAAUUCGAAAAUCACCAUUUUUCCACAAAUCGCCCCUAA